AUGAUUCUUUUCGUUCUUUUUGCGAUGCUCCUUUUAGGAGCUACUGAAUCCCGUCACUUGAUAACGAAGACCGCUGCACCGGGCAUGAAGUCAGAGCUGGGUGAACUCUCAGAUUUACCAUCCACUGAUGCAGGUGAUUCCUCUUUGACACUGAAAAGUGGCCAGAGUGAAGCCGAAAGAUUGGGAAGAGAUUUAUCUCAUUCUGAGGGUAAACACAAGAGGGUUCCCCGUGGUUCCAAAGAGGGAAGAUCACGGUAUAAAGACCAACACUUUCACCAUAAUUUCAGACACCCGAGACCCUACGACCCAGAUGGAUAUUUCACAACACCUAAAUCCACCAAAUGGUACAACAGCUCCUUCUGGGACACUGGAAUCGCCAGAAACAGCACCUGGGGCAAGGGGUCGAUUCGCAUCCACAAUCCGUUAUACCCAGUUACAGACAGCUCCUACAGUGCAUACGCGGUGAUGCUGUUAUCGCUGAUCGUUUUUGCCGUGGGAAUCGUAGGCAACCUGGCGGUGAUGUGUAUAGUAUGGCACAAUUACUAUCUGAAAACCACGUGGAACUGUAUUCUUGCAAGUCUAGCCAUUUGGGAUUUUAUGGUUCUGUUUUUUUGCCUCCCUGUCAUCAUAUUCAACGAAUUAACCAAGAGAAGAUUGCUGGGCGAUAUAUCCUGUCGCAUUGUGCCUUAUAUGGAGGUUACCUCCCUGGGCGUUACCACGUUCAGCCUGUGUGCUCUGAGCAUUGACCGCUUCCAUACCAUUACCAGCAUCCAGCCUAAGGUUCAGCUGGUGGAACCUUGCCAGUCUAUCUUGGCCAAACUGGCCGUCAUCUGGAUUGGCUCUAUGGUGCUAGCUGCUCCUGAACUUCUCCUGUGGCAACUAAACCAGGACAUAUCACCCAUCACUGGACUCCCCGUAGAUUCCUGUGUCCAAAGGCCCUCUCUCACCCUGCCUGAGUCCGUGUACUCGCUGGUGGUGACCUACCACGAUGCCCGCAUGUGGUGGUACUUUGGCUGUUUCUUCUGCUUGCCUAUGGUCUUUACCCUGGCCUGUCAGCUUCUGACGCGACACGUCGUUGAAGACGUUGCCAACACCGCACGUAAGCAAACUGGCAGGCCUUUAUCCUCCUCUACCUCAUCGUCUUCCUCUUCCUCCUCCUCUUCCUCACCCAAGAAGCAGCGGUGGCGACGGAGGGAGAGGCAGCUGAGCAGUACGGUCGUGGCGCUGACCGCCGUGUAUGGAAUAUGCAGCCUGCCGGAGAAUAUUUGUAACAUUACUCUGGCCUACAUGCUGCAGGAGGUUAGCGGAGACACGCUGGCCCUCCUUGCACUUAUAAACCAGUUCCUGAUGUUCGUGCGGGCGGCGGCCACGCCGGUUCUCUUGCUGUGCUUGUGCCGAUCUUUGGGCCAGGCUUUCAUGGACUGCUGCUGCUGCUGCUGUGAGGAGUGUCUCCCAGAUGGAGCGUCUUCAUCGUCCUCCUCUUCCUCCACUUCUGAGGACAAACUUAAAAUCGUCUCCGGAACAUCACCUGCUAUCUUCUUUGACAAAGCCAAGGAUGGUUCCUCCGUUCUGGCCAUUGGUACUCCCUGCUGA